AUGAUGGUAGUCGCGAGAAUUAUACCAAUUUUCCUACUUAUUCUAAUUCUGUUGACAAUAAUAUUUUUCCGCAUAUUGAAUUCAAUUGAUAAUUCGGGAAAAAUCGAUGAUCGAUCGAUAAUUCUGAAAUAUUUCGAGGAAUUUCAGAAAGACGGUAACACAUGGCAGAGGAAUACUACUCCCCAACCAAAAAAUAAUUUUGAUUAUUUUGUGAGUUUUUUCUUUCUUAACACUCGGCGACAUCUAUUCUGGAAUUCCAGAAAAAUUUAAAUUCCUACAACUACUCAACAGCUGCUGUAAAGUGUAAUUCAACUAAUAAUGUUGAUCCAAAAUUAUUGAGAGGAAUCAAGAAUAAUCAUGGAAGAUGUGAAGUUGUUAUGUUGGUUCGAUUUUGGCAUCAACCCGACAUUCUUUGGUUUAAUUACGAGAAUGUUAUGAAAAUGUGCGAUGAAGAAAGUGGUGUUAGAGAUAUUCAGAUUUUCCCGUUUGUCUCAAAUUUAGGGAAAGAAGAGAAUGAUAUGAAAUAUUGGGUUGCUCUUCCAAAAUGCGUGAGUUUGGGGACCUGCUAGAAAAUAUAUAAACUCAAAAAAAUCUUCAGCAAAUCGACUCCAACUUCCUUAUAAAAAUUGGCGGAGACUCCGAUAAAUCGCCCGAAGAAUCAUUGAAAAUCUACAUCCCUGACUUGCAGAUUGAAUAUAUUCCCAAAAAUCCUGAAAACUUCACAGACAUUCUAUCAGAAAUCAAAGAGAAAUCAAAUUCAAAUUCGUCCAUUAUUAUUGAUAUGUUAUGGAUUUCACAUGAUUCGAAUAUUGAAGUUCUCGAACUUUUGAUGGACAAGACAAUCGAGAAAAUGAAUAUUGUUUUUUGUCAGAUAAAUUUAGAAAUUAGCAAGGAAGAUGCUGAAGUAUUUGAAAGGUUUUUGCGUAGUUUUUUUGCGCGAUUGAAUUAUAUUGGACUUAGGCCAAGUUCGACAAGAAAAUCUACUUAUCGAAGCGGAUAUUUUCAAAAUAUUAAUGAUCAUCGAUGUAUUCAAAAACUUUUUUAUAUAAAUUUUUCUGUAAAAAAGGACAUAAAUUGAAAUUAUUAAAACGUGAAAACGUUUCCACGUGAAAAAAAUUGACAAAAAUAAUCAUUUUUCAUUUUUUCAUCGCUUGGAAAUGGAGAGCAAUAUGGCGAUUUGAAAAAUUAAAAAAAAAAGUGAGUAUUCUUCAAAAAAAAUAAUUUUUAUAAAAUGGGAUACGGUUUAAAGGAACAUGCAACUUUUUGUUUGUGUCUCGCGGCGAUCUCUCGCGCGUAGCAUUUUUUUGAAAGUUGCAUUCAAAAUAUUUUUUUCUCGUUCAAUUGCACAGCCGCUCAAAUACAUUGAGAGAGUAGAAAUGCUGGGUAAAAACUGGUGCGCCCAUUUACACGGUCCCUAGGGUAACGUAUGAAAACGUGAAAAUAGCAUCAAAAUCAGCUCAUCGAGAUCUAGGCGACUAUGUUUUACUCACUUCGUAUAACUACCUAGGAAAAAAGUUAGCUUCCAAGCGAGACCAAAUAAAAAAUAAAACUCAUGUUCCUUUAAACACCGUAUGAAAAUUAACGUGUUUUCCUGGAAUAACUAGGGUAACUCGACAAGUAAAAAUAAGGUGAAUACACCAUUUAAUUCCUCGUUUCAUAACGAGUAUUAAGAUAUAAGUAACUUGAUUCCUAAUGGCUUCUAGAAAAAGCAGAUUUUCAGUUACGGUUUUGAUGUAUUAAAAAAUCGGUGCGCCCAUUUUGGAGAACUUCCCGGUAUCGAUAGCAGAACUUGAAUAUAUCAAAAAAUUCGUCUUUUCGUGAACUAUGCGACUAUGUUUUGCGUGUUAAGUUUUCUUAGCAGUUGAGCGCGUUAAAGACGCACAAAACGAAAAAAAUCAUUUUUCAGCGAAAAAGUUGUGCAUUGUGACAGUGCGGUGUGUGCACAGUUCGCCAACCGUACUCCACCCAAACAUUUCUACUCUCAAACGGGUGUGUCAAACACUUUUGAAAAACUGUUUUUCAGCUGGAAAUCGUAUAAAAUGCUGGAAUUACCGUCGAUAAUAUUGAAAUUGAAGUUUGGUGAGUUGUCUUUGGGGUUUGUGGGAAGUUUUCCAUAGAAAAAUCAAUGACUUCCAAGAAGAUUUUGUGUAAAUACAUGAUUUUUUCUUGAAAAUCAAUCAAUUUUAUUUAUUUUUCUUAUAUUUUCAGAUCGAAAAAAUGGAUUGCGAUGUGGUAUUUUGCGACAAAUCGACUUUUGA